CAGCGGGGGAGGCCGAGGCGGGGAUCCUGGGCACCUCGUCCCCCAACCUGGAGGGGGCCAGACUCCGAGAGCCGACACGCAGGGAAAGGCAAGGACGGGGCGGCCGGCGGAGGGGCGGGCGCCGCUCAUCAGCCACGCCGGUCACGUCUGGGGCCACCGGCCGCCUUUUCUUCCUUUCCCCCUUUGCUUUCUCCCCCCUCUGCCGCUGGCGGGGGCAAAGUGGCCGUAGCGGCGCCAUGCCCGGGCCGGAGUGAGUCUCGCCGGCGAAAAUGGCGUACAUCCAGUUGGAACCUUUAAAUGAGGGUUUUCUUUCUAGAAUCUCCGAUCUGCUGCUGUGCAGAUGGACUUGCCGGCACUGCUGUCAGAAGUGCUAUGAGUCCAGCUGUUGCCAGUCGAGUGAGGAUGAAGUUGAAAUUCUGGGGCCUUUUCCUGCCCAGACUCCUCCCUGGCUGAUGGCCAGCAGGAGCAGUGACAAGGAUGGGGACUCUGUCCACACGGCCAGCGACGUCCCGCUGACCCCACGUACCAACUCGCCAGAUCGAAGAUGCUCGUCCUCGGACACAUCUAAGUCUACGUACAGCCUGACCCGGAGGAUUUCAAGUCUCGAGUCCAGACGACCCAGCUCCCCGCUCAUCGAUAUUAAACCCAUUGAGUUUGGCGUCCUCAGCGCCAAGAAGGAGCCCAUCCAGCCCUCGGUGCUCAGACGGACCUAUACCCCAGACGACUAUUUCAGAAAGUUCGAGCCCCGGCUGUACUCCCUCGACUCCAACAGCGACGAUGUGGACUUUCUGACGGAUGAGGAGAUCUUGUCCAAGUACCAGCUGGGCAUGCUGCACUUCAGCACCCAGUACGACCUGCUGCACAACCACCUGAUGGUGCGGGUGAUCGAGGCCCGGGACCUGCCCCCGCCCAUCUCCCACGACGGCUCGCGCCAGGACAUGGCGCACUCCAACCCCUACGUCAAGAUCUGCCUCCUGCCAGACCAGAAGAACUCUAAGCAGACGGGGGUCAAGCGCAAGACCCAGAAGCCCGUGUUCGAGGAGCGCUACACCUUCGAGAUCCCCUUCCUAGAAGCACAGAGGAGGACCCUGCUCCUCACCGUGGUGGAUUUCGAUAAGUUCUCACGCCACUGUGUCAUUGGGAAGGUGUCCGUGCCUCUUUGCGAGGUCGACCUGGUGAAAGGCGGGCACUGGUGGAAGGCGCUGAUUCCCAGUACCCAGAAUGAAGUGGAGCUGGGGGAGCUACUUCUGUCGCUGAAUUAUCUGCCGAGUGCUGGGAGACUAAAUGUUGAUGUCAUUCGAGCCAAGCAACUUCUUCAGACAGAUGUGAGCCAAGGUUCAGACCCCUUUGUGAAAAUCCAGCUGGUACAUGGACUCAAGCUUGUGAAAACAAAGAAGACAUCCUUCUUAAGAGGCACAAUUGAUCCUUUCUAUAAUGAAUCCUUCAGCUUCAAAGUUCCCCAAGAAGAACUGGAAAACGCCAGCCUAGUGUUUACUGUGUUCGGCCACAACAUGAAGAGCAGCAACGACUUCAUCGGGAGGAUCGUCAUCGGCCAGUACUCGUCGGGCCCCUCGGAGUCCAACCACUGGCGGCGGAUGCUCAACACCCACCGCACGGCCGUGGAGCAGUGGCACAGCCUCCGGUCCCGGGCCGAGUGUGACCGCGUGUCUCCUGCCUCCCUGGAGGUGACCUGAGGGCUGCAGGGGAGGCGGGUGUCAUUUAUAAAAAAAAGAAAAAAUUAAAGACAAAAAAUGUGUCAUCGUGUCAUCUACCUAUUACAUCCACACCCACCACACACACACACACACACACACACACACACACACACACACCCCAGAUUCUCUCAGACCUGAGAAGAAGCUGACUCUUGAUCACGAAACGGCCACCCUCGAUGAGUGAGGCCUGAGAACUCUCUGGAAGCCCCAUCCGUAGGCUGCGAACUGAGUGCACACUGCUGUGAGACUUACUGGCAGUGUUUGCUCUUGUGACACCCCCCCCCCAAAUGCACUUCCAACCUUCAAGCCAGAGAAAGGGCCUCCCAAACGGUGCCAGCCUCCACCAAGAGAUUUUCCAAGAGUGUGGGGGAGGCCCGGCCCCCGUGCCCAAAAUGCGCACCCACAGGGUGACUUUGGAACAGGCUGCUGUUCCCUGGGGUCCUUCGAACCUGACACCUUCCUCCAGAGUGUGAGUACUUCGUCUCCUGUUUCGUGGACGUGAUAAAUAGAUUAGACUAUUUGGAGAGCCAGUCGGCAACCAAACACACCGCAGUGUAAGAAACCUCUCCUGGCGUAACUGAACUUUUCCUUGUGUUAGCUUACCCCUGGGCACUCCCUGUGGGUGUGUACGUGGGUGUUCUCGUGCGUGUGCCCUUCCAGGUGAACGUGUGUGUGCCUGCGUGUCCCCUCGGUGAGCAAGGCAGCCGCCAGGACCUCAGUCCAGGCCUUCCCUUCUCUCUGCCUCUCCCAUCGGUGAACUCGCACCCAGUGUCCUCCUGUCUGUCAAGACCCCAUCUUCAGUAACCGUAGUGUGUAUCUAUGUCAAGAAAAUAGAACACGAUAGAGCAAAACAGCAUUUUUAUUGACCAAAUCCUGGUGAUUGUGACUCACAGCAGACCUGCAAAGGACAGUGACAUGGACUAAAACGGCCACCACAUCCUCAUUCAGGGAGAGCUCCUUCCCUGACACAUCUGAGGACCUUUCUGUAUUUGUGUGUGAGCCGAAGUCAUUUCUCUUGUGCUAAGGAGUUAGUGUAGUUAGAAUAGAUCUCUCUGUUGGAUGCUUCUGUAUCUUUUCCCACAGCAUAUUGUCUGGUAUACUGGGGAACUAUUUGUUGAAAUUAAAGAUUAUUUAUUUGUGCCAUGCA